AUGGCCUCUCCCGGUGAAGUAAUGCCUAACGGUCGUUCCGUGGGUAAAGAACAGGAGCAGCAGAAAGAGGAAGGGAUCGUUAAAUCUUGGAUAACUCAUGAUAAAUAUCAAGGCAAUUCAUUGCGGACAUUGCUUACAAGAUUUAUUGAUAUAUCUAAUCCUCCUAGUCCAAAUUUAUUAAAAUACUUCGCAUCAAUAGCAACGUGUGAAAAAGAAAAAUCUCGACUCAAUCAAUUGGCAUCGGACUCAUUCGUAUAUGAAGAUUGGCGACAUUGGAAAUUUCCGAAUUUAUUAGAAGUUUUGGAAGAAUUCCCUUCUGUUAAACCAUAUGCACCAGUAUUAUUACUUCAUUUGACAACUUUGCAACCAAGAUUUUACAGUAUAUCGUCAUCACCGUUGAGUCAUCAAAAUCAAAUUCAUCUUACCGUUGCUGUUGUUCAAUAUGAAACACAAGGUGGUAACGGAAACGUACAUUAUGGUGUGUGUUCGAAUUAUUUAAAAAAUGUUUCGAUAAAUGAAACAAUGUACGUCUUCAUUCGAAGUGCGGUCAAUUUUAAUAUGCCCGACAACACGAAAACGCCCAUGAUUUUAGUCGGGCCUGGAACAGGUAUUGCGCCAUUUAGAGGAUUUUGGAAUCAUCGUCAAGCUCAAAUGGAAAAUAUGAAAGAUAUUGAGUUUGGAAAAAUAUGGUUAUUUUUUGGAUGCCGCCAAAAAGAAUUAGAUUUAUAUAGAAAUGAAAAAAAUAAAAUGAUUGAGAACAAAGUUUUGGAUCGAGAAUUUUUAGCAUUGUCUCGUGAACCUGGAACUGAAAAAACUUAUGUGCAAGAUUUAAUUCAGAUCGAAGCGAUGCAUAUUUAUGAUAUGCUGGUCAAUCAGAAGGGUCAUUUUUAUGUUUGUGGAGACUGUACUAUGGCUGAAGAUGUUUAUCAAACAUUAAAACACAUAAUCAAAAUACAUGGAAAUAUGAUUGAUCAAGAAGUAGAAACUUACAUGUUAUCAAUGAGGGAUGAAAAUCGAUUCCAUGAGGAUAUUUUUGGAAUAACUCUUCGGACAGCAGAAGUACAUAAUCGAUCAAGAGAAACAGCAAGAAUUAAACUUAUUUCAAAGCCAAGAAAUGAUUGAUUAAAUUGAGUCGAUGAAAUAAUAGAUUAAACUAAACUUAACAAUAUUAUAAUUGUUUUAGUUGAUAA